ACCCUGAUCAAGUUCUCAGAACCAAACUUUCCUGUGGGCAAUCCAAUUUCUCGAAGCGCUACUCAGCGAUCCAUGAGAGGAAUCUAGAGUGCUAGGUCCAGACAAGUUAGGAGGAAUAUAAUUACUCUUGAUAUUUUUAGUAUUUCUUUUAAAAUACUAAAGGGUUAUAUUGUUAUAUUAAUAUUUUUUAAAUCAUUUUACUAUCAUAUGGUGCCCAUCUUCAAUUACUGCAUACAAGUAGGUUUUCAAAAAUCGACUAAUUUUCUGAAAAGAAGAAAAAGAGUAUAAUAUUUAGGGGGUGUUUAAUAAAUCAAUUUAAUCACUUAAUUUGACUUAAUAAUUUAAUUUAAAUCAUUAAAUAUAUUAAAUAUGUUUGAUAAAAUAAGGGUAGAUGAAGAGAGGCGAUGUAUUGUUCGAUCAGAGGAUCAACUAACACAAGAAUAGAAAUCUAGUUGCAUUUUAUGCCCCCUCAUUACAUCAACACCCUCCAAAUAAUGCUAAAAAAAGGAGGAAAUCCUUUUUCCUGAUCUUUUUCUUUAGUACUUCUAGAUCUAGACAAAGAAGUUGAAAAAAAUCUGAAGGGAUCUUCCAUGUGAGCAUUUCCUUAUACAAACAAUAAAUGCAUUCAUUCUACCAUUUUGUAUAGGCAUGCCAUAAACGUGAGAACAUACACACUCCAUUAUUGCAGGUUUCUUGGCACUUUCCGGGCUCACGAAUUUUACAUUUGUCGCUAAUUGUUCUAACAUCUUGAAGAUGGCCAAGGUCCACCCUCAAAGACCUGCUCCUCCUUCUCCACCUUCUGAUUCUUACAUCACUUCAAGGAGGGAGACUUUUACUCUGUGGAUGAAAUCACUUGUCAUACGAGGAAAUGGAUACACUGUCUUCAAUUCUGAUGGCGAGAUUGUUUAUCGGAUGGAUAAUUAUGACAAGAAGUGCAGCAGUGAAGUUUAUCUCAUGGAUCUUCAGGGCAAAGUUCUCUUCACCAUACUUCGAAGGAAGCUACGCGUUUUUGGAAGAUGGGAGGGGUAUAAAUGCAGUGGUUCAAAGGUGGGCAGUCAGAAGCCAUGUUUUCAAGUCAGAAAACAUUGCAGAAUUCUGGGAGGAGGUUCAUCAUGUGAAGUUACAGUGAGGCCUAAUGAAGCUCAAUCAUAUCAUUACAGAAUACAGGGCUUGGCCGGUAAAUCAACAUUCAAGAUUGUAAACAGUGAAGGAGGAGUCAUGGCAGAGGUAAAGCAAAAGCAAACAUCUUCAGGAGUAGUGCUGGGAGAUGAUGUAUUGGACUUGGUGGUGGAGCCCCAUGUUGAUCAUUCCCUUGUCAUGGCUCUUGUGGCAGUAUGCGGACUGAUCCACCAUAGAAUGUGAAAUAAACUUCUCCCCAUGAAGAUAGUAAAGCUGACUUGAAGAUAAAAGAGGCCAGGGUUUUCCAAAGUUUCAUCAACUUCAUCAUACCAGUGAUGAAAGAAAGACCAACACCAUUUUGAAAUGACCCAAUGAAAAUCUGGCAUAUACAGGGACGAUGGAGUCUGAGGGCUUUGAAGAGGCUCAGGGUUCAUGUCAUGAAUGUGAUGAAAAAGAUUUGAAGAACACUCAAGGAAAUGGGAAAUUUGAUGGAAUAGUCUGCUAUACAUGUUUCAGAUAAAAUCCCAAUUCUUUCAUGAUGUAAAAGGGCCAUCAGUGUCAUCACAUUCAAAUAAUCAAAUGACCUUUUUCA